AUGGCGCAGCAAGGAGCUCAGCUGGACGGAGCAAAAUUCUGCUGUUCCAUCUGUUUGGAUCUACUGAAAGAUCCGGUGGCAAUUCCCUGUGGACACAGCUACUGUAUGAGCUGUAUUAACAACUUCUGGGAUGGAGAGGAUGAGAAGAAGACCUACAGCUGUCCUCAGUGCAGACAGACCUUCACACCGAGGCCUGUCCUGAUGAAAAACACCAUGUUAGCAGAUUUAAUGGCGGAGCUGAAGAAGACUGGACUCCAAGCUGCUGCUACUGGUCUCUGCUAUGCUGGACCUGAAGAUGUGGCCUGUGAUGUCUGUACUGGGAGGAAACUGAAAGCCCUCAAGUCCUGUCUGGUAUGUCUGGCUUCUUACUGUGAGAAACACCUCCAGCCUCAUUAUGAAUCAACAAAAUUUAAGAAACACAAGCUGGUCGACCCCUCAGAGAAUAUCCAGGAGAAAAUCUGCUCUCGUCAUGAUGAGGUGAUGAAGAUGUUCUGCCGUACUGAUCAGCAGAUUAUCUGUUCUCUCUGCUCUGUGGAGGAUCAUAAAGGCCACGACACAGUCUCAGCUGCAGCAGAAAGGACUGAGAGGCAGAGAGAGCUCGAGGUGAGUCAACAAAACAUCCAGCAGAGAAUCCAGGACAGAGAGAAAGGUGUGAAGCUGCUUCAACAGGAGGUGGAGGCCAUCACUUGCUCUGCUGAUAAAGCAGUGGAGGACAGUGAGAAGAUCUUCACUGAGCUGAUCCGUCUCCUCCAGAAAAGAAGCUCUGAUGUGAAGCAGCAGAUCAGAUCCCAGCAGGAAACUGAAGUGAGUCGAGUCAAAGAGCUUCAGGAGAAGCUGCAGCAGGAGAUCACUGAGCUGAAGAGGAAAGACACUGAACUGAAGCAGCUCUUACACACAGAGGAUCACAACCAGUUUCUACACAACUACCCCUCAGUGUCACAACUCAGUGAACCUACAGACUCAUCCAGCAUCAAUAUCCGUCCUCUGAGAUACUUUGAGGAUGUGACAGCAGCUGUGUCAGAGCUCAGAGAUAAACUACAGGACAUCCUGAAGGAGGAAUGGACAAACAUCUCACUGACUGAAGUGGAUGUAUUACUGCCACCACCAGAUCCCAAGACCAGAGAUGGAUUCUUAAAAUAUGCAUGUGAAAUCACUCUGGAUCCAAACACAGCACACGAAAAAGUGUUGUUAUCUGAGGGGAACAGAAAAGCAACAUCCAUUCAGCCACAGGGUUAUUCUAGACAUCCAGACAGAUUCACUGGUGAUCGUCAGGUCCUGAGUAGAGAGAGUCUGACUGGACGUUGUUACUGGGAGGUGGAGUGGGAAAGAGAAGUUAGAAUAGCAGUCUCUUACAAGAGUAUCGGCAGAGACGGGUGGAGUGAUUUUGGGAGCAAUGACAUAUCUUGGGCUUUAAGAUGUGACUAUUCGAAUUGUGGAUUCUGGUCCAAAUGUGUUAAAUCUCCCGUCUCAGGUCCUGUUUCCUCCAGAGUAGGAGUGUACCUGGAUCACAGAGCAGGUAUUCUGUCCUUCUACAAUGUCUCUGAAACCAUGACUCUCCUCCACAGAGUCCAGACCACAUUCACUGAGCCUCUCUAUGCUGGAUUUUUUCUUGGUUUUUUUUACGGAGCCACAGCUGAGAUCGCUAAACUCAAAUAGACUGGUGUCAUUUCAAACUUCAUGUCUCACAUUCUGUGUCAUAAUUAUUCCUAAUUUUUUGUCUCCAUGUC